AAAAAUAAGCCCCUGCCACCAUGCCGAAAGAAGAAAAACAAGAGUGGUAUUUUUAGGGGCAUUAAUUUUGACCACGUGCCCCGAGGGUAAACCGGAUGGCCACUGCGCAAAGGUUCCUCAUCAGUAUGUGCGAGAGCAGCGGGCGCUGGACGUGGACUGCGGUUGUUCUGCUGGGCUUUCUGCUUGGGGUCGUGUCCUCCUACCCCACCUUGAACAGGAUUAAUGCAACUUCACUGGAGAAAAGGUGGGAGACGCUCUUCUCGCGCUCCGUUUUGGGGAUCUCGGUGGAGAAAUCGGACCUGAACUGGGAGAGUGACUAUUUGCUGGGCAUUAAGAGAGUGCGGAGGCUGUACUGCAACUCUGUUCAAUCAGGUCUAAUAGAAAUCUCAGCGGUAGAGAGAGGAGUGGUUAGUCUAUACGGAGUGAAAAGCAAGCUGUUUGUCGCAAUGAGCAGCCGCGGAAGGUUAUACGGAACGAGGGCCUUCCGUGACGAGUGCAAGUUCAAGGAGACACUGCUGCCCAACAAUUACAACGCAUACGAGUCUUCCAUUUACAAGGGCUUUUAUAUCGCCCUCAGCAAACAUGGCCGCUUGAAGCGAGGCUACAAGGCUUCCCCAGCAAUGACUGUCACACAUUUCCUCCCACGUUUAUGAGCAAACCUGGCAAUAACACAAUAAUUUGCACAUGUUGGAUGUUCUCGUAGGUAACCCAAACAUGCUAAGAGGUGAACUGCAAAGAACUAAAAUAACACUUAUGGUAUUUAUUCUCGUUAAAAUAAUAAUAAUAAUAAUAAUAUAUGUAUAUUUCGGUAGCUUACUUUGUGUCUGAACUUUGUGUACAUGCCAUUCUUUGCUGCUUAUGAUUUCUAUUAUGAAUAUUAUCGAGGAGCUUUUUUUGCCCUCUCACUUUUUUAUGGGUGCUUGCCAUAACUGGUGUAAACCUUACCCGGCACUGGACUAACAUCCUCAGCUUUUAGAAGUGAAAUGGAUACUUUUUAUUACCUCAAAGAGCCACGUCCGCAUUGAAAAAAGUUAUGGAGGGAAAAAUAAAUAUCAGUUUACUCUGAUCUUCAUCUGUUCCACCAUUUUUCUAGGGAGAUGAAAGCACUUAUUUUUCAUGAUUAGGUGGUGCCUUAGCCUCUGCUAUUUUGCCUCCUUUUAUGCAUGCAUGCAAGUAAGAGGUUUUUGUUCCAUGUUUAGAUCAACAACUAAAUAGUUGACAUUAAAAACCGAUUGCAUGCAUCCUUAUUGGGGGUUAAACUCAGAGAGGGCUAUUUUACGCCUCAUGCAAGCUCAGAAUUUGACUGAAAGUCUGUGGACUGCUAGUCCUGAAAGGUUUGGGUGCUUCCAUUUGAAUGAAUACUGAUCAAGCUUGUGAAAUGCAUAGAAUUGCAUUAAUCUUGAAUUAUGUGGCACCAUUAUACGAUAGCAUAGCUGUUGCUAAGUGAUAAGAAAACCGCUCAUUUUACUUAUCAGAUUACUGAUUACUGAUCAGAUUGAUACUAGUCAGUGGUGUCUAUGUUUUACCUAUACUGUCAGUGAUCUCCAGUGAGGGCUCAUUCACCAACAUGUUGACUGCAUACUUGAACUCCACCUCAAAAAGUCUUUGGAAUGUAAAAACCAAUACAACUGUCUUAAUCUGUUUGAGAUAACAUAAUUUGCUCAUUACUUUGUUUGAAUACCAAGCAUAGACCCGAACACCUGUGCACACUCUUAAAUUCCCAAAUCAAUUGACUUUAUCUAGAGAAUUUGGUUCAAGUCGCACUUGAAAUUGAGUUGAACUUUGGCAUUUGUAGGCAUUCCCCUUCCCUGCCCCACUUUUUCUAGUUCUAGAAUUACAGAAAUAGUUCACCCCAAAAUGAACAUUUGCUGAAAAUGUACUCACCC